AUGCCUUUCAUUCCUGUCCCUGAGCCCGGGUUUUACGAACACAUCAUCAACAGACCCCUGCCCACCAUCGUCCAUUUCUGGGACUCACAAGGUCCACCUACCCAGGAAUUCCAAAUCUUGGAGUCGGGACACCACCCCGGUAGCGAGCUUGAGACAUUCUUUGUUGAUGUUUCCCAAUUCCCUGUUCCAGACGGCCCGAGCGACGUGCCCGUGACGAUCCUCUUCAAUCAAGGCCAACAGUUGGAUAUUGCCGACGGUGGAGAUAUUCCCAAAUUCUUCCAGCUUCUUGAGCGAGCUGAGCGAGGGUUUUGA